AUGGCUACCUCUCAGGGACAGGACAUCAUUUGCUGCCAGUUGUGUUCCAACCCUGUAGAACACCACUGCAAUCUCUGUCGUGUUGACCUCUGCCUCACGUGUAUACCAAAACAUAUGCCGGACAAAUCAAGGGAACAUGAAAUUGUUGGAUACGCUUCUAGAAAACAAGAUUCUUUUUCUCUAGCACUAUGUAACACACACAAGAAUAACAGGUGUGAGACUUACUGCCUAGAUUGUAAUAUACCAAUAUGUAUUCAAUGUCUGAUAGGUUUGCACAAAAAACAUGAAUUUACCGAUAUCAAUGACAUUCUCCAAGAAUAUAAACAGCAAAUUAUAGCUGACACAAAAGAACUUGAAAAUACGGUUCUUCCAAAAUACAGAAACAUAAACCUGAGUACAGCCUCCAGAAGGUUUGAUAAAGUUGUGUCUGCCGUAAAAGAACAAGAAGAGAAAAUCUGGAAAGCUGUACAUGAAAUAAGCAUUCAACUCACAGAUGAAGUAGCUAUGCAGAAAAAAGAAGCUAUAAGUAAAUACAAAGAGAACCAGUCUUUGGCUGAAAAGGAAGUCAAUCAAAUUGUCAAAGAGAAUAAACAUAUCAUCAGAAGUAAUGAUGCAUCAGCCAUAAUACGCUAUCAAACAAGGAAUGAGGAUUUCCGAAAAGACCCAGAAUUACCAAGGUUGUCUUGUUUAAAGUUACUACCUGGUAUUAUUAAAAAAGACCAGAUUGUGUCCAUGUUCGGUUUUCUUCAGACAGAAGAAGACUUUAAUAAGCCUGGGAUGCUGAAAAUGAUGGAUGAACCUUUGAUAUUUAGAACAAUACAAAGUCCUUUUGGAGGUUGGCGUAGACUAUGGCGAGUUCAGUGUGUCGGGAGUGAAAGUAUCUUGAUCAGUGGAGGUGACAGCACAAUUAAACAAAUAGACAGGACUGGAUCGAUUUUAAAAACAAUUCAAACAAAUGAUAAUGUGUGGGCACUAACAAUUAAUUCACAACAGGAUCCAAUAUUUUCAACCAUGCAUUUUAAAAGAACAGACAUAUACCAAUACAAUGAGGGAAUAGUUAAGGUAUUACUUGGCAUACGUGACUGGUUUCCUGUUGGUCUAUGGUAUUCAGGGAACGGAAAUUUGCUGGUCAGUAUGCGCUCUAUGGACACGACACAGAGUAGGGUGGUGAGAUACUCGGGGAUAAAAGAGAAACAGAAGAUCCAGUUUGACAGAGAUGGACAACCUCUGUUUUCUACUGGUGUGGAGAAAACAGUAAUUCUACUGACUGAGAAUGGAAAUGGAGAUAUUUGUGCUGCUGACUGUUAUGGGAAGAUGGUUGUUGUGGUGGAUUCUUCUGGGCCACUAAGAUUCAAGUACACAGGCAUUCUCUCCAACCAAUCAAAGUACAGAGAAUUUUCACCUUCUCACAUUGCCACUGAUGUCUGUACACAAAUACUGAUAAGUGACAAAAGUAACAACAUUGUCCACAUUAUAGACAGUGAUGGUAACUUUGUCCGUUAUAUAAAACAACCAUGUGACGGAGGACUGAGUAUUGAUACAGAUCACAAUCUUUUUAUUGGAGACAAAGAUACUGGAAAAAUUCAAGUUAUCAAAUAUUUAGAAUGA